AUGAAUCGUAUUUCCUUCUUCGUCUCGCAAUACAGAUACGCCAGAGGCACGAACAAGUCUUUUCCUCCAAAGCAGUUUUCAAUCUCUUUUGCGAGGGAAGGAUCCGAGGACGUGAAAGACCAGAAUUUCGCUGAGAGCAAGGUGGUGGAUUUCUUCGUUAACAAGAACCGUAAGACUACUGGGGUUGUCCCCAGACGUGUAACCCAGAUUCCGUGGCGAAAGAAUUGGACUGGAAGAAGACGUUCUAAAUUAGAGCAGUUACCUGUUGAGCUUCUAUAUGAGAUACAACUAUUCGCUCUUUCGGACAGUCUGCCAUACUCCUCUCGCCUCCUUUACGAUACCUUCAAUGCCUCUCCAAAUUCAUUUCGUGCCCAAUACAUAUUCGGCCGUGUCUUACGCCCUUCAUCUUCCUGGCCUCCGGACUUCUUUUCCAGAGUUAUUCGAUUCCGGCUAUGCUCUUCACAAGUACUGGAUAUAAUCUGUAAUCGCUGCGCCGACACCACCGGCCUCUCCAAAACCACGGAAAUCCCCCGACAUCUUUUCCAACACCUGCUCAGGCUACAGAGGCCUUCAAGCGAAUGGUCCGACGCGGACCAUCCACUACCCUACCUCCGACAUCUGCACAAAAAGGUGCCUCAUCUGAAUCUGAAUUCGCACGGCGGUUAUGCCCUGGCCAUGGCUGUUCAUGGAGGAUUUGUACAACUUAUACAAUACCUCCUUGCAUUCGGGGCAGAUCCCCGAAGGAAAGACGGUCUUUCUGUUUUGAUUGCCGUUCGAAAGAAGAACCUCCAUCUCGUCCGAUUGCUUGUGGAACCAGGCUAUGGGGGGAAAGUUAAUGGUGCAAAAAAGCGCAAGAUUGCGGAUAGGAUAUCUUGCGAACGAUACCCCGAGCUUCUGAAAGCCGCCGUUAAAUGUGACGCGAGGCAUAUCGUGAAUUACCUGCGUCAGAAGGGAUGUGUACCUGAUAUGAAGACACUAGGUUUAAUGCGUAGUUCUGAUGAGCGAGAUUAA